AUGACUCUUGAAAACCAAGAGCCUCGGCUCUUCGACCAGUGUUGCCUCUGCAUUGUAUGCUCGAAAGAUCUCUCCCGAGAGGCCGCGGAGCAGCUUGCUACAUCCCUUGAAGAGCACGGCGGCGAGCCUUUGAUUGUCCAACCCGGGGCCGAGGUCCCUAAUGUGGCUAGGUUCAGCCAUCUGAUCUCCAACACAAUCGAUUUUGAAGCCUAUGAUACUACCUGUGAUGCGCUGAUCCCCGUGGUAAAGCCGCAGUGGGUAAGCAACUCACUGGCAAAGAAGAAGCUAGCCAACCCUCGUCAAUACAGUCCCGAUCCUCGUCUCUUUAUGAACGACGUUGUGGUUACCUGCGGUGACAUACCGGAAGGGGAUAAGGAUGCGAUUAUCGGUGGUGUGGUCGCUAAGGGCGGACUAUACAGUCCGCGAAUUUCUCAUAUGGUUACUCACCUGGUGGAUCUCACGGCCGACUCGGAUAAGGCGCGCAUGGCCCUGGCCAAGAAAUUGAAUGUGAAGAUCGUUCUACCGCAUUGGUUCGAUGACUGCCUAAAACUUGGUCGGCGCAUCGAUGAGCGUCCCUAUACCCUUCCAGACCCGGAGAUCCUGCACGUAGGAGCUGAUACCCCGAUUCCACCGCAAGACAAUAAAGACUUAGUUGGCGCAUCGACGACUAAUCCAACGAAACUGCCAACGCCAUCCGCCUUGGCGUAUAACAACGGGCAGCGGAGUGUUUUUGAGGGCAAAACCAUCGUGCUAUCUCCGGAUCUAGGAAUUGGUUCGCAUUUGCAAGAGUCGAUUGAAGCCGUUCUGAAGCAGGGCGGUGCCCAAGUCACAUCAAAUAUUGAUACUGCGGACAUGUUGAUCUGUCGGUACCGAGAAGGCUUUGCGUACCGCACGGCAUCGCGGCUCAAUUUAGAUGUUGGAAAUCUCGCCUGGCUUUACAGGCUCAUGACAUUUAACACAUAUACAUCGCCUCUCAGGCGACUCUUGCACUACCCCGUCUCUCGUACGGGUAUUCCUGGAUUCCAAGGACUGAAGAUCAGUCUGUCCAAUUAUGUUGGUGAAGCAAGGAUUUACUUGGAAAACUUGAUUGCAGCCGCAGGUGCGGAAUGUACAAAAACUUUGAAGCAGGAAAAUACCCAUUUAAUUACCGCCCAUGGCACAAGUGAGAAGUGCAAUGCCGCCAAGGAAUGGGGCCUCGAAGUCGUCAAUCAUUUGUGGCUGGAAGACAGCUAUGCCAAAUGGAAGCUGCAACCCGCCUCAGACCCGCGCUACAGCCACUUCCCUCUGCGAACCAAUCUUGGAGAAGUUGCAGGUCAGACUCGACUUGACCGCAACGUUCUUGAGCGAAUCUUCUUUCAAUCUGAGGACACUGCCCCAAGCCCACGGCGCGCAAUGCACAGCAAGGAUCAGAACAUGCUUUCUGUACAAGCUCCCCCCGAGAAAAAAAGGAAAAUUAUCGAUGAUGCUUCUGAGGCCUCGCAUGGCACCCCGCAGACUGCUGGCAAGUCAAGUCGGUCCAUCCAGACUCCUGCACGGUCUCGCAUUAUGUCCGAGGGCAAGGAAAACGAGACACCAUCUUCGACUAGCAGUCGCAAGUCGAAGGACGCAGCAACAGCCCGACUGCAUGAGAUAGCUCCAGAUAUUGCGUUGUAUGAAAAAGAGAAGAAGCGCGUGGGUGGUGUGAUCUACGGGGGAAGACGCAAGUCAGAUGAGCACCGGGGUCAGGAGAAGGAAAAGGAAAGCAAGAAGCGAACAUCGGUUGAAGCUGAAGACGAGAGUGAUGUUGACCAAGCGGUAGAGCCAAAACGGCAGAAGAAGUCACGGCCACCAAUUUCCAUGCACCUCUUAAUUACUGGCUACCAGAAGUGGAUUGGGAAGGGUAAUGAGAAGAAAGAGGAUGCAGACAAGCGAACCCUCCGAGAACUCGGUAUUAUGGUCGUACAGGAUGCUCGACGAUGCACACAUCUUGCAGCGCCGUCGAUUUUACGAACCACGAAAUUCGUCAAUGCACUCGCAUAUGCACCGAUAAUUGUGAGCACGGACUUUAUUACGAGUUGCCUAAAGAAGGACGAGCUACUUGACCCCUCCGAUUUUCCCUUGGUGGACACAGAGGCCGAAAAGAAGUACAAUUUCUCCCUUUCUUCCGUCACAGCAAACGCCAAGAAGAACAAGAACAAAAUGCUGCAAGGGUAUCGCAUUUACUGUGUGGAGGACAUCCGUGGUGGCUUCGAUGCGUUCAAAUCCAUUGUUGAAGCGAAUGGAGGUGAAUGCAUGCUCUUCCGUGGCCGUCUGCCCCUAGCGAAUCCUUCUCGGCGGGAGGAUAGCGAUGAUGAAAGUGAAGCAGAUGACGAGCCCGCUCGCCACGAGGUCUUCCUCCUCAGCAGUGCCGGAGCUAAACACGGUCGGGUCUGGCCUCGAUUCCGUCAGGUGGCAGGCGAUAUUCAAAAGUCCCCACGGAUCGUCCGAGUUGACUGGCUGCUUGAUAUGGCCAUGUCACAGGAGACACGCUCCGCCGAUGAAUACGAGUUGACCGAGGAUAUGAUUGAUAACACGGAUGAGUAG